AUGACAAGUUUAUAUUUCGACAUUAAAGAAGACCAGUGGCCCCUUGUUUACGACGACAGGUAUAAUGUAUCGUUCUGUGGCUUGGAGAAGCUACAUGUAUUUGAUUCAAAAAAAUGGCGCAACAUAAUACGGUACCUAAAAGAAGCAAAAUUUAUAACAGAUGAACAGCUUGUAACUCCACUUGAACCAACAAAGAGUGAUCUUCUAGUCGUCCACACAAAGAGAUACUUGAGAUCUUUGAAAUGGAGUGCCAAGGUAGCAAUCAUAGCCGAAGUGCCAAUCAUUGCCUGUGUGCCGAAUAUAUGGGUGCAGCAUGCAUAUCUGAAACCAAUGAGGUUACAAACAGGCGGCUCAGUGUUAGCCGGUAAGCUGGCUCUUGAGAGAGGUUGGGCUAUAAACGUCGGCGGUGGCUUCCAUCACUGCAGUGGUGAUAAAGGCGGAGGUUUCUGUCCUUAUGCGGAUAUCACUAUGUUGAUCCGGUUUCUUGUACAAGCUGAGAUGAUACAGAAUGCUAUGAUUGUGGAUUUGGACGCGCACCAGGGUAAUGGUUACCAACACGACUUUCUAAGCGUCCCAGAAGUGUACAUAAUGGAUAUGUACAACAAAGACAUUUACCCUAGAGACAGGGACGCUAAGAAGGCUAUCAGGCGGAAGGUGGAGCUCACAUGUAACGUGGAGGACCAGGAAUAUUUGACAAAGUUAAAACAGCAUUUAAAAGUCGCUCUGUCGGAAUUUAAACCUGACAUUUUGGUGUACAACGCUGGGACAGACAUCCUGGAAUCUGAUCCACUUGGGUGCAUGAACAUUAGUGAUAUCGGUAUUAUAAAAAGGGACGAAUUCGUCUUUGAAAUGUGCAAACAGAAACACAUUCCGAUCGUGAUGCUCACCAGCGGUGGUUAUCUGAUGAAGACCGCGAAGAUCAUCGCUGACUCCAUCAUGAACUUGUACGAGAAAGGAUUAAUUAGUGGCACUGUUACAAGAGCAGUAUAA